ACGCUUUUCUUUUUCUUUUUCGAGUUUUUUUAGGCCCGAGCUUUAGACCCCUUCUUCUUCUGAAACACGUCCGCCCGCAUCUUUGAUCAAUUGUCGUCCUAUGCUCUCCAUUAUAGAGAGAGAGAGAGAGAGAGAGGAUGACCAAAUAAGCCCACCAAAUUCCAAAGUCCAAGCUUUGAUUCUUCGUUUGAACGACACCAGCAUAGUGAUGCAUCACCUGUCAUCAGCUCGCUUCGUUUUCCACCUUCUUCCUGCUUGCAGCUUGCUUGCUGGGUAAAUGCUAGUUUUUGUUCUUUCUUCCCUUCAUUGGACAGAGGCUCGCAGUCAAUGCCACGAGUGCAUCGUGCAGAGCCAAGGAGGAGUCGAAUCUUGAUCCUCUGUUUGACUGGUUUUUCGGGCUCUUUAAACUUUAUCAACAAGGAGUCUAACAAGCAAGGUACGGCCAGGGCAUUUAAAUUAGAGAAUCUGCAAAAAGCUGUUUGAGGCUUGUUGGGGGUAAUUACAGUUGAGUUGAGUUGAGUGUAUAAACAGUAAGUCAGAUGUGGAGUAAUCUGGGGGUUGUUUGGUUGAGAUGAAGCAUGUUCUCAGAGCUGAUAAAUCUAUUGGGGGCCUGCUUCCGGCCGAGUUCAGAUCGAUGUGCUCGCAGGGGUUCGGUCGCCGGAGGCUGCCAAGACGGGCUUCUAUGGUUCAAAGAUUUGGGGCAGCACUUGAAUGGCGAAUUCUCAAUGGCUGUUGUCCAGGCCAAUAAUUUACUAGAAGAUCAAAGCCAGAUCGAAUCGGGCAAUUUGAGUUCCCUCGAGUCUGGCCCCCACGGUACCUUUGUUGGUGUCUACGAUGGACACGGGGGACCAGAGACUUCGCGCUACGUUAAUGAUCACCUCUUUCAGCAUCUCAAGAGGUUCAUAUCGGAGCACCAAUCAGUGUCUGCUGAUGUUAUACGGAAGGCAUUUCAAGCGACAGAAGAGGGGUUUAUGUCCACUGUUACCAAACUCUGGCCAGUAAGUCCACAGAUUGCAGCAGUUGGAUCAUGUUGCCUUGCUGGCAUCAUUUCUGGCGAUACCCUUUACAUAGCAAAUCUUGGCGACUCAAGAGCUGUUCUGGGAAGAGCAGUGAAGGCGACAGGGGAGGUACUGGCCAUCCAGCUGUCGACGGAGCAUAAUGCAAGUAUAGAGUCCGUGAGACAGGAGUUGUAUUCCAUGCACCCUGAAGACUCUCAGAUUGUAGUACUAAAGCACAAUGUAUGGCGGGUGAAGGGCCUCAUACAGAUUUCAAGGUCUAUUGGAGAUGUAUAUCUGAAGAAGCCUGAGUUCAACCGAGAGCCUUUGAUUGCGAAGUGUCGCCUUCGUGAACCUUUCGAGAAACCAAUAUUAAGUUCAGAGCCAUCAAUCUUGGCGCAACAGCUUGAACCACAUGAUCGGUUUGUCAUUUUUGCAUCUGAUGGACUUUGGGAGCAGCUCAGCAACCAGGAAGCAGUAGAUAUAGUUCAGAAUCACGCACGCAAUGGAAGUGCGAGGCGGCUAGUGAAAGCUGCUUUGCAGGAAGCAGCAAGGAAAAGAGAAAUGAGGUACUCGGACUUGAAAAAGAUUGACCGGGGAGUCCGCCGGCACUUCCACGACGACAUCACGGUCAUUGUCGUGUAUCUGGAUUGGAAUAUGAUGAGUACAGUGAGCUCAAUCAGGUCAGCUAAACUUUCAAUUAGAGGAGGCGGCAUCAACUUGCCUCCCAAUACUUUGGCUCCCUGUACUACUUCCUCGGAGGCCAGCGAUAAUUGAAGAAGCUGCUCUUGGGAUUUCUGUAUUUGUCAUUAUGCUGUUUUCGAUUUAUUUCUAUUGUAUACCAACUACCAAGGCAGCUUCUUUGGCAGAUGAAGAGGAGAUGACCUUAAAACUCUUUCAUCUGAACUGGGACACGGGCUGAAAAUAUGGUCUUUGGAAAUUAAAGAACUCCGUAACUAUAGUUUUAUCAACUGUGUGUGGUAGGAAAGCUCCACUGCAAGCCUCCCUCAGUAGCAAUUUUUGCUUUCAUUUAGUUUAGCUUCGUAUCAGCUCUGUAAAUGAUGUUACUUGAGAAUAUAAUUUGCCUUUUUUUAGAUUCGUUGGGUA